AUUCUACAAGAGAAAAUAAACAUACACCAGUCUCGAAGUCGUUGAAUAAUAAACCCCAAUAUUUCCUUCUUGUUACUUCAUAUACAAUCCACCUCUUAAUUUCCCUCGUUUCCCUAUGCCAAUGGAGACCAUGACAAGGGAACCGGAUCUUUUCAGGAGUCAAUGGUGGAACAGUUUCUUCAAAAUUGCACAAGUUGGUCUACGAAUUUUAGUAACCGGAUUUGCAACAACUUCUAUUGCCACGAUGUUGACUAGCAAUCAAGAAAUCUACAUGCCUUACGAUGAGACAUAUAUAGCAGUUGCGAAAGCCCAUUACAGUUACUCAUCUGGAUUAUGGUACAAAUUGUUAGUAGAUGCAGUGUUAGGUGUUUUCUCUCUACUCUCAUCGAUUCUAGCUUACAAGAUGACGAAAUUCUCUCAUACGGAACCUAAAACAACUCUUCACUUUUUCCUGCUUCUCGUUGAUGUGGUGAUGACGGUGUUGACUAUCUCAGGAUGCGCGGCAGCAUCAGCCGUGGGGAUGGUGGGGCUACGAGGGGUUGAAAAGCCAGGGAUUAGCUGGACUCCAAUAUGUCCACUCGCUGGAAAGUUCUGUGGCAUGAUCACCCUCUCCAUUGCAUCAUCUUAUGCUUCUUUCACUUGCAUGAUGGCACUCACUUUCCUCUCAGCAUGCAAGCUCAUGCUACUAGCAACACACUAAAGGGAUCGAUCGUAUAUAUAAAUGUAUAUUGAUUUGACGUUUAUUUGUUAUUAAAUUACGUU